GAAAAGAGACUGUUUCUCUACUUCUAGCUCCUCUGCUUCUCUCUCUUCGUCUCUCUCUCAGGUGGCUGCUUUGCUUCUUCCCUUGCCUACCAAGGAUGCCGAGAAAAGGGAUGAGAAGCCUCCUCCCCUCCCACUUCUCUUUCCGUCAUCAUGAUGGCCGAUCCCCUGCUCCACCUUCUCCUCCCCAGCAGCAGCAGAGCUCCUCCGCCACCAUGAUGGAGGGCAAGGUGACGGCCGUGGAGGCCAUCAUCACCAAGUGGGACCCGGACGCCUCCUCCUUCGCUAAGAUCACCUCCCUCUUCUAUGAGGACCGCGCCGAGGCCCGCCGCUUCCUCCUUGCCGUCUCCGACCUCCAUCACGCCAUGCUCGAUUUCGUCUCCGACAAGGGGAACCUGGUGUCGGGAUCCGACACGCUGGUCCUCGCCCAGAAUCUGAUGCAAGCCGCCAUGCGCCGCCUCGAGAAGGAGUUCUACCAGAUCCUCUCCGCCAACCGCGACCGCCUCGACCCGGAGUCCGUUUCCGCCCGGUCGUCGGGGUCCAGCGUCUCCGACGCCGAAGACGAUGCCGGCGGGUCACCGGACGAUGACAUCCGUGUCGCCGGGGAGUCCAUCGGCGAUGUCGAGCUUGCCGCCACCGUUGCCAUGGCUGACCUCCACGCAAUCGCUGAGACCAUGAUCUCGGCCGGGUACGGGAAGGAAUGCUUCCGGAUCUACAAGAUCCUCCGCAAGUCCAUCAUCGACGAGUGCCUCUACCGCCUAGGAUUCGAGAAGCUUAGCCCGUCCCAGAUCCAGAAGCUGGACUGGGAGUCGCUCGACUCAAAAAUCCGAACUUGGCUCGGUGCGUCUCGGGUCGCCGUGAAGACGCUCUUCUCGGGCGAGCGGAAACUCUUGGACCACGUCUUCUCCGGGUCCGAUUCCAUCCGGGAGGCAUGCUUCGCGGACAUCGCUAGAGACGCCGCCGUCCAAUUCCUCAGCUUUCCCGAAUUGGUGGCAAAAUCGAAGCGGUCGCCGGAGAAGAUGUUCCGGAUAUUGGAGCUCUACGAUGCAAUCGCCGAGCUCUGGCCGGAGAUCGAUCCCGUCUUUUCUUUUGAAUCCACCUCGGCGGUUCCAACUCAGGCGCUGAAUUCGCUCGUCAAACUCGGCGAAGCGGCCCGGGCCAGCAUCGCCGACUUCGAGGCGGCGAUGCAGAAGGACACCUCGAAAUCGCCGAUCCCCGGUGGUGGGAUCCAUCCGUUGACCCGCCAUUCCAUGGACUUCGUCGCCUGGCUUGCUGACUACGACGCCGCUUUGGCGGACAUCUUCGCCGACUCCUCUGUUCACGUGCCAUCCGCGCUUCCGGAAAUUUUCUUGGACACGUCGCAGGCGUCGGCACCGCCGUCGCCGGCUCCCUCCUCCGCCGCCUCCACCUUCAAUUACGAGGAGAACCCUGGGUAUCCGGUCGCCGUUCGGCUCGCACGGCUUAUUCUUGUACUCCUCUGCAAGCUUAACGACAAGGCAGAGCUCUACCGGGAGGUGUCGCUAUCCUAUCUCUUCCUCGCGAAUAAUCUUCAGUAUAUAGUGAACAAGGUUCGGGGGAGUACUCGGCUGAGGCACCUUCUCGGAGAGGAGUGGGCGGCGCAGCACGCGGCGAAAGCGAGGCAGUACGCUUCCAACUUCGAGCGGCUGGGUUGGAGCAAGGUCGCGGCGGCGAUCCCGGCGGGGGAGGUGGGGCCGGCGGAGAUGCGGGAGCGGAUGCGGACCUUCCAUGCGGGGCUGGAGGAGGCGUGCCGGAACCAGGCGGAGUGGGUGGUGGCGGACGCUGGGUUGAGGGAGGAGGCGAGGGCAGCGGUCCGGGGCAUGAUCUUGCCAGCGUACCGGGGUUUCUACGAGAAGUGCCGGGCGGUGCUCGGCGACUCUGCGGUGGUGAGGUUCUCGCCGGAGGACGUGAGGAGCCGCUUGUCGGAGGUUUUCUCUGGCUCGGACGGUUCGGAGGCUUAUUCCGGUAACCGAACCGGAUAUGGCUCUGUUUCCGGCGAGUCAAAGUCGUCCUCGUGGUCCUCGCGAUAAGUCCGGUUCUAUGCUUAGUUCUCGUUAAUCUACUCAUGUGUUUGUCUUUUUUCCGCCGUUAGCGUCUCCUUAUUGUUAGUAGAACAUACGUGAAUGCAGCUUGUGAAUUAUUGCUUAUCAUCGUUUUCGUUCAUAAAUUUAGAAGUUAAUCCACUCCAUGUUCAUGUAUGAAUCUCUGUGACUUUUUUCUCUAAUUCUGCUUAAAAGGCUCCCCAAUUUAAA